CUGCUGUGCGGUGCUCAUUCACUCUUUUAUCCUCCUACGCUUUGAUUUCCAGGACUCAAGUUCACUGCCAUGUCCUCUGAAGAAGGGAAGCUCUUUGUGGGAGGGCUCAACUUUAACACCGAUGAGCAGGCGCUGGAAGACCACUUCAGCACCUUCGGGCCUAUUUCUGAGGUGGUCGUUGUGAAGGACCGGGAGACUCAGCGAUCCCGUGGUUUUGGCUUCAUCACCUUCACCAACCCUGAGCAUGCCUCAGAUGCCAUGAGAGCCAUGAAUGGAGAGUCCCUGGAUGGUCGCCAGAUCCGUGUUGACCGUGCAGGCAAGUCUGCCCGGGGAACCAGAGGGGGUUCCUUUGGGGCCUAUGGGCGUGGUCGCGGCUACUCUAGAGGUGGUGGGGAUCAAGGCUAUGGGAACAGGUAUGAUAAUCGACCUGGAGGCUAUGGAUAUGGAUAUGGACGAUCCAGAGACUAUGGUGGCAGAAGCCAGGGAGGUUAUGACCGCUACUCAGGAGGAAAUUACAGAGACAAUUAUGAUAACUGAGAUGAGGCAUGCACACAUACUGUAGAUACACAAGGAAUAACACUUGUUGAUCCAGGAUCAUCCUUCCAGAUGGCUGUAUAAUAAGAUUUUUGGAACUGCACUGAAACAUCUGUUUUAGUACACCAACUUCUAUUUUUGAAUUGCUCUCCCAAAGUAGAUAGUAGAUAAAGACAUUUUAGAAGGCUCUGUGUGUUUUUAAUUUUUUUCUCCCAUUUAAAGACAAAUUUUGGGACAUUUGUAGAGUCUGAGUAUUUUUCCUCUUACCAGUUUUUUGUUUGGGCUCUCAGGAUUAUUGGUUUUGGCAAAUUUAGCCAGACUU